CAGUCUCUCUCCCGGCCCAUCUUGACCCCUGUGGACGGAUCCCAUGGAGUCACUGUCAGCUCGAUGUACACCGCUAAAGCGGGAAUAUGACUCUUGUUUCAAUGCGUGGUUUGAAGGUUACCUCCAGCCUGCUCUCCAGACCGGCCACCCCGUCUACGAAUCAGGCCCAUCCUCUUCGCCGUCGCCUUCGACGAGUGUUGUGGACAAUGAGUCUCAGGAAUCUCAUCGAGCGUCAUCUGUCCACAGGGCGGGACCCUCUGUUCCCGGUCCAGCGGGUACCGCAGACCGGAAAAUGAACCCUCUAAACUGGUCAUCCGCCAUCGGGGCUGCGAAUCGCAAAGUCCACCAAGAAUCACGAACAGCAGAUGCGUAUCAUCCUCCUCAGCACGAUAACGACGACUCAGAGAGCAGGCCCAUAUUUGUGUCGAUUGAUCCGAAAGGCAAAACACGAGCUCAGGUCAAGGCGCUGCAAUACGAGAGAGCAUGUGGACAGGUCUGGCAACAAUACAGGGCUUGCCUGCAGGCUGCGAUUGAGGAAAAUCAAGGGCUGGCUACCCUUUUGGAACAGGCUCGGAAUGAUCACCCUUUGACAGACCUGGAGAGUCUGAAGGGUACGAUUUGGGACGAAGAAACACGACCCUCUACAUAGUAGCGUUUCAUUAGCCUUUCGGGAACAUCGCUCUGAUGGAUGCCAGCGCUAUGUGAAUGUCCUGUGUACUCAGUUGCUCCCACAGGCCAUAUCUAUCAUCGCUACUUUGGACCCCUUCACAGAGAUAAUAAGAUUGAUCACGUGUGCGGGUAUCGACAGCC